AUGGCCGCCUACACCGGCGCUAUAAUUUACACUGCAUGCAGGAAGACUUUUACAUGUGAUAAUGGCUUGGAGGCAGAGCUCUUGGCGUGCAGAGAAGGCGUCGAGCUCGCGCUGCACAGAACCCAACUCCCCUUCGUUGUUGUUGAGCUGGACUGUGCAGAGGCGGUAAUGAUGACCAAGAGUCCCAUGCAAAAUCGCUUGAAGUAUACGGCACUGGUACAGGACAUCAAAGGAAUGAUCGCUGAGAGCAUGAGGGAGAUAGUGUCGGCUCACAUUAGUCACUCACAUAACAAGGUUGCUCAUGGCCUUGCUGCCUACGGUAGAUGUGCGCCUCGCAUCGCGGUGUGGUUUGGGCCGGGGACAAAUGAAAUUGGGUGGGGGUCGGCAAUUCACAGGCAACAGCAACCAUAUCAGUCGGCGUACUCCAUGGCCACAGUCCUACUCGACGGCUCCAACCCGGCGGUGGUUCGCGUGCGGCAGCUCAUCGACGGCACCGAAUCUUCAGAUGGGUGGACCAGGUGCUGGGAAGAAGGCCUGACGCCGUGGGACCUCGGCGAGCCCACCCCGGCCGUCGUCGAGCUCGUCAAGUCCGGCACCCUCCCCGGCGGCGGCGGCACCACCGCCACCGUCCUCGUCCCGGGAUGCGGCGGGGGGUACGACGCGGUAGCUCUGUCCGGCGCCGGACGCUUUGUCGUCGGCCUCGACGUCUGCGACGCCGCCAUCCAAAAGGCCAGACAGAGAUGGUCGUCGAUAUCGCCGGACGGGAACUUCAUCGCCUUCGUCAACGCCGAUUUCUUCACCUGGGAGCCACCCAAGCCAUUCCAUCUCAUCUUCGACUACACAUUCUUCUGUGCUAUUGAUCCAUCCUUGAGAUCAGCAUGGGCAAGGAGAAUGUACGACCUACUCCGACCAGAUGGAGAACUCAUCACCCUCAUGUACCUGGUUGAAGGCCAGGAGUCCGGGCCACCAUUCAACGCCACUGUGCUCGACUAUGAGGAGGUGCUGAAUCCCUUGGGUUUCGUCAUUGUCUCCAUUGAAGACAAUGGAGUGGCCGUUGAAGCAAGAAAGGGGAUGGAGAAAAUGGCAAGGUGGAAGAAGAUGGCAAACUGA